GAAGAAGACGCGUCGAGGGAAACAGCUCAGCGCGCUGCCCCACUGUUCCCAGGCUGCUAGCGCGUCUGUUAUCGAUAACACCUAGAAAUUAUUUUCCCUUCUUACCGUAGCAGCGGGGCCUUUGAAAGCAAGAAACAGCUCUGCCACGUUGAUAGCUAACUCGAAAUUUGUACGGCAGAAUAUCUGAAUUAUGGCGACCCAGUAUCCGCCGCCUUCGAAGCGCCAGAAGCGCGCGCAAGCCGAAUUUGCGCGCGAGCAACAAGACAUCGACACUACAAUACCUGAUGGCACUGUACGGGUGCGCUUCGUCGACCAAGCCACUGGCGAAAGUGGGAGUAUCCCAGUACUCACUGUACCGCUAUCGCAAGCAUCUACCAAGAACCUCGAACUCCUACUCAAUAACCUCAAAGACCAAGCCGACGAUCAGAUACCGUACCGCUUCUUCCCAGACGGCGCAACCGAAGCGCUUGCCGACAAGGACGACCUAUACAAUGCCUUGGUCAAGCCUGGCAAAGCGUCAGCGGAAAACGAGAUUGUGCUCCAGUAUGCGCCGCAGGCAGUCUUCCGCGUCAAGGCAGUCUCUCGUUGUUCAGCCGCGGUUUCGGGUCACGGAGACAACAUUCUGUCAGUAAACUUUUCGCCAGUCAGCUCCAGCAGGAUGGCAAGUGGUAGCGGAGACAAAACAGUGAGGAUAUGGGACUGCGACACCGGAACACCAGUGCAUACUAUGAAGGGGCACUCAAGAUGGGUCCUAGUAGUCAGCUACUCACCCGAUGGCUCUCUGCUCGCUUCCGGUGGUUACGACAACGAAGUGCGGGUAUGGGACCCGAGCACGGGGAAGCAAAUCGGGAGUGCUCUCAAAGGUCACACCAGUUUCAUCACGUCACUUUCUUGGGAGCCCUACCAUCUGCAAGAGCCUGGUCGGCCGCGAGUUGCGUCGUCAUCAAAGGACGGUACAGUAAGAGUCUGGGAUGCGGUUGGGGGCAGAGUCGACUACGCCUUAUCCGGUCACAAGAGCAAUGUGACGUGCGUGAAGUGGGGUGGUACUGGGCGGAUAUAUACCGCCUCUCACGAUAAGUCCAUAAAAGUCUGGGAUGCGGCGACAGGCACACUCGUGAACACACUAUCAGGUCAUGCGCAUUGGGUCAACCAUCUCGCUCUUUCUACAGACUUCGUCCUGCGCACCUCGUAUCACGACCAUACGCGGAAGGUACCGUCUAGCCCGGAGGAGAAGCUCGCAAAAGCCAAAGCGCGCUUUGAGAAGGCCGCUACCAUCAACGGCGAAGUGGUGGAACGGUUAGCGACUGCCUCGGAAGAUUGCACCAUCAUAUUGUGGACGCCUUUGACCAGUACGAAGCCAGUCACCAGAAUGACAGGCCAUCAAAAGCAGAUCAACCAAGUCACAUUCUCACCAGACGGAGCCCUCCUGGCAUCUGCAGCAUGGGAUAACCACGUCAAACUAUGGUCGGCACGAGAUGGAAAGUUCCUCAACACCUUGAGAGCGCACGUUGGGCCAGUGUACAUGACUUGCUUCUCCGCCGACAGCCGAUUGUUGGCGAGUUGCAGCAAAGACACGACUUUGAAGGUAUGGGACAUGAGGACUGGCAAAUUGAAGGAGGACCUGCCAGGACACAAGGACCAGGUGUUUGCGCUGGAUUGGAGUCCGGAUGGUGAGAGGGUAGGAAGUGGUGGCGCUGACAAGCAAGUGCGGAUAUGGAGCAAUUGAUCAAGACGUAAUCACAGUAGCACAGUAGAAGUUAAAAUGAUACCCUUGGUGCGAGUGUGUCCCUUGUGUCUCCCUGGUGGUCUGCAGUGGUUGUACUGACGACUUAGGGUGCGUUGGGCACAGACUAGACGUGAGCUUCGACAUCUAGAAGCCUCGGAAAUGGGAAUCUGCACGCACUUCAAGCAUGCUAGAAGCUAGAAGUG